AUGCUGCUUGCUCCGCUUUCCGCCAUCGUUAGACUCCUGCUGCCGCUCUCGUGCCUGCUCCCUCGAGCGAUCGCGCCGGACGUACCGCCCGUCGGCGAAGCGGCCCCAGCAACCUUUGAGCACGAUGUCCAGCGUUACGACUGGCCGGACAUCUUGAAGCUCGCCGAAGCUCCGUCUUUCGAUCAACAUGGCGCUCAGCCAGCCUCCUUUGCUGGCCAAGCAUCGUCGUCGCCAUCGUCGCCGCAUGCCGCAGAAGCGUUCGAUCAUAACAGUCUUCCUCCAGCGGAUCUCUCCUUGCAGCCUUUGGCGGAUCCGACGUCGGCGCCGCUCAGAAGGAGUCGUCAACGAAUCGGCACUUCCCAUCCCGCCUACCGAGGUUCGCGCGCCCUGGUACACCAGUACACGCUCGGCCACGCCGCCCUCUUCGCUGCGGUCAAGGAGAAGCUCCUGGAACGACUCAAGCUUGCCCACAUCCUCCUUCCCGGUGCGCCCAUACAAGCGCUAGACGAUCGGGUCCUCUCUAUCCAGGCCGACCCGUCGAUGCUGGACGAAUCGCUCCGGAAACAGCUCAACAACCUCUUGAAUUACCCGAGGCUUAGACACACACCCACAUCGCUGCUCUCGAGCUUCAGAUGGGACGGCCCGCCCGCGUACGAUGUCGCCUUCUUCCGCCUCAACAGGUCCAAGACCCACAGCAACAGCCCACACGCCAAGGAGUUCAGGACUUUUAGGGCCAUCGCUACCCCUGCAGUCCCGGACUCUUCGGGCCGGAUCUACAUCGGCGACUUUGUCGUCCAUCGUCGCUGGCUGAACCUCUAUGUGCCGGCCCAGCCGUAG